AGAAAUAGAAAAAUUUAGUGUAAAAUUGUUUUCUAGAUCUGCCAAUGGAAACUAUUGUAGUUGUUCUUAAUUUUUAAUCAUUUACCUUCUUUCUCCUCUAUAUAAGAGCCGCUAACGAUCUGAACUGGUGACUCAAGGCACAUCAAAAUGAGCUUCAUUUGGAACGUUUCAAUAUGUGUCACAGCUUUAGUUGUUAUAGUGAUAACCAAAUGGUGGUACCGAUGGUCAAACCCCCAGUGUAAUGGCAAGUUACCUCCGGGAUCAAUGGGUUUUCCGAUCAUUGGAGAGACAAUCGACUUCUUUAAACCUCAUGGACUCCUCGAGAUCUUACCCUUUGUCAAAAAAAGGAUGUUAAGGUAUGGGCCACUGUUUCGCACCAACAUUUUCGGAACCAAUACUGUGGUAGCGACGGACCCUGAUGUGAUCUACGAGAUUUUUCGGCAAGAGAACAAGUCUUUCGUGUUUAGCCUUCCGGAUAAUUUUCUCAAGAUCUUUGGAAAAGAUAAUCUGUUAAGUGAACAUGGGGACGCCCACAAGCAUGCCAAACAAAUCACUCUAAAUUUUCUUGGCUCUGAGGGAUUGAAGCACAACAUGAUAGGAGACAUGGACAAAGUGACCCGCGAGGAACUUAGAUCAAAGGCUAGCCUCGGGAGCUUCGAUGUUAAGGAGGCCGUUACAAGCUUGAUAAUAACUCACUUGACCCCCAAGUUGAUAAGUAACCUUGGAUCAGAGACUCAAGCAAAUCUUAUAGAAAGUUUCAAGGCAUGCAAUCUUGAUUGGUUUGAGUCAUUCACUAGUCUUUCUACCUGGAGAUCGUUCUACAAAGCUUUUUCGGGACGCAAAGCGGCUAUGAAGAUGAUAAAUGAUGUUUUCGUAUCAAGGAAAGAAUCAGGAGAGAAUCAUGGAGACUUCCUCAGCACAAUGCUAGAAGAUGACCGUUUUAAUGAGAAAGCCAUUAUGGACCACAUCUUUGUUCUUCCGGUUGCUGGUAAAGAUGCUAUUUCUACGGUCGUUUCAUUGGCCGUAAACUUCAUUACGAAAAACCCUAAAGUUUUAUCAGAGUUGAAGAGAGAACAUAAGGCGAUUCUUCAAAACAGAGAUGAUGAAAAUUCUGGAAUUACCUGGGAAGAAUACAGACACAACAUGACUUUUACCAACAUGGUGAUUAAGGAGACUCUUCGAAUGGCAAAUGUGGCUCCUGUAAUGUUUAGAAAGGCUUUGAACGAUGUCGAAAUCAAAGGAUAUACAAUUCCAGCGGGUUGGAUGGUGGUGGUUGCAAGUUCAGUGAUUCAUUAUGAUCAUACGAUAUAUGAAAACCCUUUUGAGUUUAACCCAUGGAGAUGGGAGGGCAAAGAGCUGCUUAAUGGUUCUAAGACGUUCAUGGUGUUUGGAGGUGGAGUGAGAUCGUGUAUUGGUGCAGAGUUUGCAAGGCUUCAGAUUGCAAUAUUUAUACACAAUCUUGUCACCAACUACGAUUUCUCGAUGGUCCAAGACUGCGAAGUCACUCGUACUCCACUGCCUUCUUUCCCCAAUGGCGUCCAUAUCAACAUCUCUCAUUCUCCCACCAACUAAAACGAAGAUCUUUAAUCUCAAUCUAAAUAAAAUAAGCUUAAAUCUAACUACAUAAUAGUGUUGUAUAUGCUUUCAUAUUCAU